UAUUUUUGGCUCUCUGCUAGAUAUUUAGCAUGCAUUUUGUGAGCCCCUGAUAAAGAUCUUGAAGUCACAUUUAGGGACAUACAGGAAAUGACAGUUUCAUUUCUGUUUCUCUGGAACUCUUUAAUAGUGAAAUGCAGACUGAAGGACAGUUAGUUCAUACAUACAGGUGCUCAUUGAGGACAUUGUGUCCAUAAAGAUCUGGACAGAGAAAUAAGGAGCCUGAAGUCCAGCCACUACCUGACAGGAAAAGACAUCUGAGACACUGAGAUAUCAUCAUGUCAGUUGGAUAUGAUGCCACCACCACCAUUGAUUAUGAAUCGUAUUAUGAGGAUGACGGUACAGGCUUCGCUCCUUACAGCAACGCUGAUUUGAAGAAUUUUGCCCAGGUGUUUCUGCCCACUCUCUAUAGUUUGGUUUUCAUCCUCGGCUUCAUAGGCAAUGGCCUAGUGGUGUGUGUCCUGGUGAAGCACCGCAACCAGGCCAACUUGACAGACAUCUGCCUCUUCAACCUGGCUAUCUCUGACCUCCUCUUCGUCCUCACGCUGCCUUUCUACUCUCACUACUCCGUGGUCGGCCAGUGGACUUUAGGAGACUUCAUGUGCCGUUUCACCUCUGGCUUCCAUAGCACUGGGUUCUUCAGCAGCAUCUUCUUUAUGGUUGUCAUGACGCUGGACCGCUACGUGGUCAUCGUGCACACCCACAAGGUGGCACGAUAUCGCACUCUGAGGGCAGGCGUCGCUCUGUCCGUGUUCGUCUGGAUGCUGAGCUUGUGUGUCUCUCUGCCGAAUGUUAUCUUCACAAAGGUGACAAACGAGUCUCACGGGCUGGCUUGUACACACGACCUGGAAAACGAAGCCUGGAGGCUGUACAACACCUUCACAAUACCUGUAUUGGGUCUCGUGAUCCCCUUGUUGGUGAUGAUAGUUUGCUACUCCAGGAUCAUCCCCAUACUGUUGAACAUGAGGAGUGCAAAGAGGCACCGCGUCGUCAAGCUGAUCAUCUCUAUAGUGGUUGCUUUUUUCUUAUUCUGGGCCCCAUAUAACAUUUCCCUUUUCUUGCAGUUUCUGAAAUCUAAAGGGAUAUUGCAGAACGAUUGUGACGUGGAAAAAAAUGUAGAGCUGUCGGUAACAGUGACCGAGACCUUUGCUUACACUCACUGCUGCCUGAACCCCAUCAUAUACGCCUUUGUGGGGCAAAAGUUCAUGAAACGAGUCUUGCAGCUGCUGAGGAAAUGGAUGCACCUUCCCUUCACCAGAGCUUGGUCCCAUAGCUCACACAGGAAGAGCUCAGUUAUGUCCAGGUCCUCUGAUGCUACCUCCAGUUUCGUCAUGUAGGAGGUGGAGGGCAGAUUAUGUUAUAUGGUAUGGACCUCAUAUAACAUAUGACAUGUUUUGAUUUGGGUAGCCUUGCCACUGUAUUGUUGUAUUGAUGUUGCAUGACUUGUUUUGUUCCAUUUUCCAUCAAAUAACAGUGUUAGUCAUCAGCACUGUCUAACCUUAAAAAGCUGCCUGUACAUGUACAUAUUAUCAUCUUUAGACCUGUUGGAUUUUAUUUGCAUUUUGAAUUUGCAGUGGAAUAUUUAGUUUUGACUAUAAUAUGUCAGAUGUGUAGAACCAUCAAGUGUGAUCUGAUGAGCAUCAUCAUUUUCUUUAUGAUCUCAGGUAUUUUGUCAAUGUCCCCAUUUUCCUGCUGAACACCGACUAAAAACCAUUGUUGUCACUGUCUAUGUUUAAUUUUAUCUUUGUAAGGUGUCCUUGGGUGUCUUGAAAGGC